UGCCGUGAGUAGAUAGCCGCAAUGGAAUGCCAUGUUUUUGAGUAGUAAAAAACAGCAAAAAGUGUUUUAAAAAAUACUAAAAAUCGUAAAAGUGUCCUGUAAAGUAUGUUAAACAAUUCCUAGUGAUGUUAAACUUGUGAGAGUGAAGUUUUACGUUGCUUGAAUAUUUAUAGUGCAAGAGAAAACAAUCUGGUACACUCCAUUCAUGGCAAAAGUAAGACCUCUGUGAGUGUGAUACAAACCCCCAGAAAAGAAGUGUUUUUAUUAGCAUCGAGGAGAUCAUGAACGCAUUAGCGCAAAGUAUUAGUCCAAUACAAUCGACGAUUGGCCGCUUGCAGGACAGCCUCGAGACGGGCGCGUCCUCGUCCUCGACCACGAGCGGCAGCAACAGCAGCAGCAGCAACACUGCCGCAAGACAGCUCGGGACAGCCUCAACCUCGACCACGGCCGCACUGAUUCUCUCUGUCAGCGGGGGUGACAACCGUGCCGGCACGGGUGGCAGUAGCAGUGCCACCACCAGCACGACCCUCGUCCUCGGCACAACAACCGUCGGCGAGUCGCAGCACACGGCGGGCCACGACUUCCUGUCCACCUCGCUGGCGUCACCGGUCGCCUCAUCCGUAGCGGCCAAUUAUCUACUCCACCACUCGCACCACCUGCAUCAUCACCACCAGCAACAGCAGCAGCUCGAUCAUGGGUCGCUUCAUACGCAACAGCAGCAGCACAAUCUGGACAGUCGUGGCGCAUCAGCAACGGUCAGCGAUGGCAACUCCACCACAUCGUCCCACACGCUCAAUGGCAAGCAGCAGCAGCAGCACCAACCUCACCCGCGCAAUGGAAGUAGCAGUGGACAGGCUCUCUCCAACUCCCCCGAACCAGCGGGCACACUUGCCCUGGCGCAUGUGAAUGCUUUCCACACGGCUUCCAACUCCUCCUCGACGGCGUCCGGUCUCACGAACGGUAAAGGACACUGCAGGACACUCUCUCCACUGGUUAAUUUAAUUGUUCAACCCCUUUCGCUACACUUUCUAGAUUUCUAUCCCGACUAUCGGAUCAGUUCCGGGUAUCGGCACCACCACCAUCACCACCAUCACCAUCAUCACCAUCCGCAUCAUGGGGCGCACUCACGCGAUCUGAGCGCUUCGCCGCCGCCCAUUACCACCGGCCAUCUGCCCUGGACACCGGCCACGGCAGCGGUGGCAGUGGCCGCCGCCGGGACCUUCAUCCAGGAGGGCUGUGACAGUUACGGGUUGCGCCACGAGCACGAACCGCCUCCGCCAAAUGGAAACGGAAGUUCAAUCUCGAAGCAAAUUGUUGGCCAUCUUCGUCUUGAAAGAGACUGUGUGUGUGUGCAUAUACACUUUUCGUUCAUCUUUUAUUAUCAUUUUUCUUUCUUUCCAUUCCUGGUAUCACCUGGCCCUGGUCUCUUGGUCAUCCGACUUCCCACUGCCCUCCCCAUGGAUGCAGGGACAAAAAACAUACGCAACGAGCGCUCGGCGUUUUUCGAUUUCGCGACCACCCCUGCCACCGCACAUCCGGCUGCCACGGCCGCCGCCUACUGCUACCGGCUUUCCACACCACCGCAGCUAGUCAAGCGGGAACCGAGCGAUGUAUCAGCGGCCGCGGCUUGGCACUCCUACUCGGAGCGUAUGUUUUCCGACCCCCUGUACACCUCGCUCAAGCUACAGCAGAGCCAGCAGUCUUCCCCGCCCCAGCUCGUCCCACAACACUCCAUCUUUCCCGACUCGACCUCCCAUCUGGCGUCGGCCGCCGUGGCCGCAGCAUCACUGGAACAUCACCAUCAGCACUCCCUCACGAUCGGCGGUGGCCACCACGGUGUACCGCAGGGUGACAUUUCCCAUGCAACGGAUCCGUUUCACCAUCAAACGACCUUACCCGGCGGCACUGGUGGCGGUGGUGGACCUUACCCGUACCGUCAACCCUCCGAUAUUGUCACAUCCAGUGAAACGGAUUACUGUACCGGUGCCGGCGGUGGUGGUGGUGGUGGUGCGUCCGCUUCCAUCGCGAGCAUUACCACCACGACCAACCCAUCACCACUGGGCGCACUGCAACCCGCCAAUGGAACGCUCCAUCAACGGCGAGGAUCGCUGCAGCUGUGGCAAUUUCUGGUCGCCCUGCUCGACGAGCCCGCAUCCAGCGCGGGCUGUAUCGCGUGGACGGGUCGGGGCAUGGAGUUUAAGCUGGUCGAACCGGAGGAGGUCGCACGGCGCUGGGGCAUCCAGAAGAACCGACCCGCCAUGAACUACGACAAGCUGUCGAGGAGUCUGCGCUACUACUACGAGAAGGGCAUCAUGCAGAAGGUGGCCGGCGAGCGGUACGUGUACAAGUUUGUGUGCGACCCGGAGGCACUGUUCAACAUGGCGUACGGGACAUCCGGUGGGCAGACGGCUGUUUCGUGUGGCGGUGGCACUACGGGAAUGGAUGGUCCGUUGUCACACGCGCCUCAUCACGGUGGGACGUCGUCUUCACCUAGCUGCGGCGGUCAUAAUGCGACCGGUGGGGGUCAGUUGGUUGGCGGCGAUGGGACGGAUGAGGUCGAUAGGCACGCAUACUUCAACGGGAGCUCGAGCGGGUACAACCAAAGCGGCUGAAACGAAACACGGUGGUGCUAUUGGUCGGUUUGUGGUGGCGCUUAAACUAUGAACAGAAUCACAUACGUACAUAUGAUGUUUGCUCAACGAGGGUGGAAGGUAGGCCACUGGAAGUGAGGCACUCAAAGACGGGGAUCUUGCUAGUCACCCCGAUCCCCGGGCGUGAGUCUGUUUUACUGAAUGAAAAGCAAUAAAGAGUAUUUAACUGAACACUGGUUCAUGGAAGACCUUACUUACAUCUCGCUUCUUGCAUUAAAAUAUGAAACAAAGUACAGAUUAAAAGAUUGGAAAGAUACUGAGCCGGAGAAACAUACUAAAGGCGGGAUUAGGAUCAGAGCUUCUCGAUGUGACAUGGCCCGGUCAACAAUAAUUCUCCAGGAUGCACGGUUCUUGGCUCCAGCUAAUAUACCCAUCCAUGUAGACACCCGAUCUCUCACGGCCAAGCUACACGUACCGGACGACAUCGGACGAUGCCAUAAAUCCGUUAACGCCAACUGUCAAAUCCCAUACAAAACGGCCCGCUGUGAUCCGACACGGCCCGGCCCGACGCGAAUCUCUUGUCUGCGGUCCUACGUUUUAUGGCAUCGUCCGAUGUCGUCCGGUACGUGUAGCUUGGCCGUGACAGGCCGUCGAUCUUCGAUCUACACCUGAUCCAGCCAUCGAGUUCGCUGUCGAUCGAGCCAUCGAGUCAUCGUGUCAUCGAGUUCGCGAACCCUUGCGUCUUAUGGUGAUCGCUGUCGAACACCUUCUUGGUGGGGUAUGAGUCCGGCAUCCUCAUGACAUGCCCCAGCCAUCGUAUCCUGCCAGCC